AUGACGAGUUCAAGCGUGAAGAAUGAAGAUGAAGAGAAGGGGUCUCUAGCUGGUUCGAGUAAGACUGAGAUUUUUAGGGAUAGUGCCAAACACUCAGAAGAUUACAGAGAUAUGAGUUCUCAAAUUCGGAGAGAAAGAAGGGAAUGGUCCAGGGUUCCACCACAAGGUGCUACUCGUCAAGAAUGGGUCCCCAGAGGGGCUGCUGCUGCUGCUGCGUCCACCAAUGUCGCUCAGCCAUCAAAUUUGCAUUCAAACAACAAUGCUGAUGCUGGUUCUUCCAAUCUAGGGGUGGCUGUUGCUGCUCCGUCCGUGAGUCGCAGUAGAAGCAACAAUCAUGGGAAUGAUGUUGGUUCUUCCAAUCAAGGGGUGGCUGUUGCUGCUCUGCCGGUCAGUCGGGGUAGAAGCAACAAUCAUGGGAAUGAUGCCGGGUUUUCCAAUCAAGGGGUGGCUGUUGCUGCUCUGCCGGUGAGUCACGGUAGAAGCAACAAUCAUGGAAAUGAUGCCGGGCCUUCCAAUCAAGGGGUGGCUGUUGCUUCUCCGCCGGUGAGUCACGGUAGAAGCAACAAUCCUGGGAAUGGUGCUGGUUCUUCCAAUCAAGGUUUGGCAGUUGCUGCUCCGCCGGUGAAUCGUGGUAGAAGCAAAAAUCAUGGGAAAGAUUCUGUCUCUUCCAAUCAAGGGGUGGCUGUUGCUGCACUGGGGAGUCGUGGUAGAAGCAACAAUCAUGGGAGUCAUUGGAUGGAAAUGGAAAAGGAUAAGGGGAGCAGGAGUGGGAGUCAGGUGGAGAAGGGAUUGAGAGUGGGAGUCAGAGACUCUAGUUUGCCUCAAUUGGUGCAAGAGAUUCAGGAGAAGCUCAUGAAAGGUACCGUGGAGUGCAUGAUUUGCUAUGAGAUGGUCCAGAGGUCUGUGCCGUUGGCGGUGUCCUGGUUGUCAGUCUGUGAAAUUUACCUCUUCAAAGUGAUUUUUUCUUGUAGUUCCUAUUGUCUAAAGAUACUUGGUUGUGGUAAUCAUGUCUGUAGUGAGAUUUGUCAUCCAGGAAGCUGUGUGGAAUGUGAAUUGUUACCUAGCCGGGUUAAGACAUGCUGUUGUGGGAAAACAAGGUUGGAGAAUGAACGCCAGAGUUGUUUGGAUCCGAUACCUACCUGCUCGAAAGUAUGUGGCAAGCUGCUUCAUUGUGGCAUGCAUAGUUGUAAAGAGGCAUGCCAUGUUGGGGAGUGUCCACCUUGUUUGGUUGAAGUUUCACAGAAGUGCUGUUGUGGCUCAACUUCCCGAACUGUGGAGUGCUAUAAGACUAUGAUGGAGAAUGAGAAAUUUAUGUGUGAAAAGUCUUGUGGGAUAAAAAAGAAUUGUGGAAGGCAUCGAUGUAGUGAAAGGUGUUGUCCAUUUUCUAAUUCAAAUCAUUAUAAUACCUUUAGUGGGGAUUGGGUUCCUCACUUUUGUUCCAUGCCAUGUGGAAAGAAGCUAAGGUGUGGCCAGCAUGUGUGUGAAUGUCUGUGUCACAGUGGUCAUUGUCCACCUUGUUUCCAAACAAUCUUUAAUGAAUUGGCUUGUGCUUGUGGUAGGACUUCAAUACCUCCUCCUCUACCAUGUGGUACACCGCCUCCCUCAUGUCAGCUUCCAUGCUCAGUUCCUCAGCCAUGUGGUCAUUCAGUCUCACACAGUUGCCAUUUUGGAGACUGUCCUCCUUGUUCAGUGCCUGUUGCAAAAGAAUGUAUUGGCGGGCAUGUAGUUCUUAGAAACAUACCUUGUGGUUCGAAGGAUAUUAGAUGCAAUCAUCCCUGUGGGAAGACCAGGCAGUGUGGUUUACAUGCAUGUGGCAGAACAUGUCACCCUCCACCUUGUGAUAAUCUAUCUGGUGUUGUGCAAGGUUUCAAAGCACCAUGUGGCCAAACAUGUGGUGCUCCAAGAAGAAGCUGCAGGCACACAUGUAUGGCUCCUUGUCACCCUUCAUCUCCAUGCCCAGAUAUAAGGUGUGAAUUCCCUGUUACAAUCACUUGCUCUUGUGGCCGUAUAACGGCAAAUGUUCCUUGUGAUGUUGGUGGUAGCAGUAGCAAUUAUAAUGCUGAUGCCAUACAUGAAGCUUCCAUUAUUCAAACAUUGCCUGUACCUCUUCAACCAGUUGAUGCAAAUGGCAAGAAAGUUCCCCUAGGACAAAGAAAGCUGAUAUGUGAUGAUGAAUGUUCUAAGCUGGAACGCAAAAGGGUUCUCGCGGAUGCUUUUGACAUUACUGCUCCAAAUCUGGACUCUCUCCAUUUUGGUGAUAACUCUCUUUCUUCUGAAUUGCUUUUAGAUUUUUUCAGGCGUGAGCCAAAAUGGGUUUUAGCUGUUGAGGAGAGAUGCAAAAUUUUAGUACUUGGCAAGACUAGAGGAACAGGAACUACACAUGGUUUAAAAGUCCACAUCUUUUGUCCCAUGCUGAAGGAAAAAAGAGAUGCAGUGAGGUUGAUUGCUGAUAGAUGGAAGCUUGCAAUCACUGCUGCCGGCUGGGAGCCAAAGCGAUUUAUUGUAAUUUCUGUUACCCCAAAAUCAAAGGCCCCGGCUCGUGUGAUAGGGGUUAAGGGUACUACAACUUUAAAUGUGCCUCUUCCUCCUGUAUUUGAUCCGUUGGUUGACAUGGACCUGCGACUUGUUGUCUCAUUUCCAGACUUACCAAGGGAUACUGAAAUUAAUUCCUUGGUUUUGAGGUUUGGUGGCGAGUGUGAGCUUGUUUGGUUGAACGACAAGAAUGCUUUGGCUGUUUUUCAUGAUCCUGCUCGAGCUGCAACUGCGAUGAGGAGGUUGGAUUAUGCAACAGUUUAUCAGGGAGCUGUUUUGGUUGCCCCGAAUGCUGGGGCAUUGGUGGCAUCUUCAGCUACCAAUGCCUGGGGAGGAGCUGGGGCAAUGAAAGGAGGAGGAGCGCUGCCAGCAUUGAAAGGUAACUCAUGGAAAAAGGCUGUGGCUCAAGACUCUGGUUGGGAAGAUUCUUGGGGUGGUGAAGAGUGGAUUGCUGGUUCUGUGAAUAUCCAGCCAUCUGUUUGGAAAAAGGAAGCACCUCUGGCUGCUUCUUUGAAUCGUUGGAAUGUCUUGGAGCAGGAAUCGAGUUCAAGUUUGUCGUCUACAACUGUUAGAGCUGAAGUUUCUGGGAAGAAAACUGAAAAUGCUGGUGAAGAAGGUGGCUCAAAGGAAGAGGAAAAGUUGGAUGCAGCUUCUGAAGUAGUUGAUGAUUGGGAGAAGGCUUAUGAAUGAGGGCAAAAAAUAGGCCUCCUUCUGUUAAAAAAAAAUCCGUAUUGUUAGAAAUUUUAUCUUGUUGAAAAGUAGACAUGAAUGGUUAGGUCUCCUUGCCUUGUUUUAUGAAUUUUGGCAAGGUGAAGGUCAUUUCGUUUCCUUAUAGGUAUAUGUUUUAAACUCAAAAGUUAUUAGAACAGUUGUACCCAGAUUGAGCAACGGGUAUCUACAGAAAAAAUUGCAUUUUGUAAAUGCGCUGCAAUGUUUAAUCAAGUCCUUAAAUCUUUGGAUUGAUUAUCUGUUUGAAAAUAAAUCUAGUUUUGAUUUCUCUUGAUGGAA